AUUAUGAGGACAGGGGAUUGUGAUGGUGGCCAGGCUGUGGAAUCUGGUGAGGCCAAAUGUCAGCACCUCAAAUGAUGUCUUGUGACCCCACCUGGCAGCGUUCUGGUUUUCUGGAUGGCAGCAGAGGACAGGGAGAUGAUGGAAGCCCGGGGUGCGGGAGAAAGUUGCCCAACCUUCCCCAAGAUGGUGCCUGGUGACUCCAAGUCUGAAGGGAAGCCAAGGGCUUGUCUGGAGGCAGAGUCCCAGAAGCCAGACUCCUCCUAUGACUACUUGGAAGAGAUGGAAGCUUGUGAGGACGGAGGCUGCCAAGGGCCGCUUAAAUCGCUGUCCCCCAAGUCCUGCCCUGCCACCAAAGGCCAGGCGGGCGACGGACCCAAACCCGCAGAGCUGCCCCCGGCCACUGGGACUGAGCGCAAUCCCGAGAUGGAGCUGGAGAAGGUGCGCAUGGAGUUCGAGCUCACGCGGCUCAAGUACCUGCACGAGGAGAACGAGCGGCAGCGGCAGCACGAGGUGGUGAUGGAGCAGCUGCAGCGGGAGCGGCAGCACAAGGUGGUGAUGGAGCAGCUGCAGCAAGAGGCGGCGCCCCGCCUGUUUUCAGGAGGCCUCCAGAACUUCCUGCUGCCCCAGAACCAGUUUGCCAUGUUCCUGUACUGCUUCAUCUUCAUUCACAUCAUCUAUGUCACCAAGGAGAUGGUCUUCUUUCUCUUCGCCAAGCACUACCUGUUCUGCAUCGCGGCCAUUUUGCUCUGUUUGAUUAAAACUUUCUGGUCAUACUUCCAAGAAGCUCACCCUUGCCGAACACCUAGGAUGUACUGUACCCUGUCCAACGCUCUUCAUGUCAUCUAUUUUAUCCCACAGCCCUCCAUGAAGGAGCACUGGUAUAAUGUAAUAGAGUCCAUUUGGCAGGGAAUUCCAGCAGAAGCGUAUGAGAAACAUCUCAGAGCAGGGCUGGGGGCAGGCCAGAGUAUCCGUUCAUCCUUCUUCUACAUCUAUCCUGAGUGUCCCCAAACCCCCCCGAUUAGGCAGCUGUGCAAUGCCAAAAGGUGCCCAGCUGUGGGGACAUGUGGGAGCUGA